AUGAGCAAUGCCCAAGCGGACGCGUCGGAAAUCUUCCCGUUGGACGAAAUAAAAUCCCAUUUUGAAUCGAAGAAAUAUGAACAUGUGCUUAAUUUAACGAAGAAGAUUUACUCCAGUGAGCAGUGCGAUGAGUACGCGCUGAGGGCUAGGUACUACUGCCUCAUUGAGAGGGGGGAGUUUACCAGGCUGUUUCACGAAAUUAUGCACAUGUUGGUGGGAGGCGAUGAAUCGAAGAACGUUGCACAGGGUGGUAUCGGUGCGUCCACGGUCGGUAAAAAGAGGAGAAUCACAUUUAAGGACCUCUUCCAAGGAAACUAUGCAUGCAUUAAGAGGAAAAACGUUCUAUUCGAGCUGUUCUAUUGUAUGUACAAAUUGAAGAAGCUAAAAAAACUGAACGGAUGUUUGAAGUACGUAGCUGAGAAGGAAGAGAAUGUGCCCCAGUUUAUGGAUGUACUCCUGGCAGAGGUAAAUUUCAGACUACACCAUUUCGAAGCGUCUAUUGCUUGGUACGAAAAUUUGGUAGAGUGCCAAAAUGCCAAGCAGGCAGUGGCGGCCUCGAUUAAUAUCAACAGUGGGUACUUCUCCCUUUACUUCAGACUUUUAUAUGAGUAUAAUUUUUUGCGAAGUGUUAACUCGAGAGUCAGUUCUGAUAAAGCGAAACAGAAAGACAUCGAAGAGGUGAAAAAUCAAAUCGUAACAAACACGGAUGGUUUUAAAUUUGAAGAAGAAAGGGAUAGUUUUGAGCAGAUAUUUAACUAUGCCACUUUUUUUAUAGUUGAGAAAAAUUACACUGAAGCGGUAAAAUUUCUCGAUUUGGCAGAUGCCAUCUGUAGGAGCACCUUUGUGGGGGGAAGCUCUUCUGAUUCUGGCAUCGCGGAAGGGGUGGAAGAACGGGACCAAGAAAGGGCUAACAACACGGAUGACCGUGCGGAUGAUGAAGAGGAUAACCCACGGGGCCACACAGAAGAGACAGGAAAACGCUCAAGUGCUGAUAGUGCCAGAGUUUCUCUCCUUCGAGAGGAUGUACUAACGAACAAACGGACGCUCGUCCAGUUACAGAGGGCUUACGUAUACUCGAAGUCAAACCGCCUGAAGGACGCCAUAGCGAUAUAUGAAAGCGUCUUGGAAAGCUACCCGGAAAAGGACCAAAAGGGAGACGCCGCAAGUAGUGGCAGACUCAUCCCUCUGGUGGCCUACAACAACUACCUCGCACUGAGGCAUAACUGUGAAAGUCAAAGUGUGUGCCAUGUGAAGCCGAGAGGGAAGAGCGCACUCGGGUCGUCGGGGCCUCCCCCAUCGGGAAAAUCCCCAUCUGGAUAUGCUCCAUCCGGAUCGCCCCCCACCUUCUCCCUCAGCCAGGACAAACUAAACAAAAUUAAAAGCCACCUACGAAUGAGCAGAUGUGACCCCCACAAGGGUGCGAGCCAAUUUAUGCAAUCCAUAGCUCUCUUCAAUGAGUGCGUAUACAGCCUGAAGAACGACCAGAAGGAUGAAUUCAAAUCUAAGUUGAGAAGUUUUACAACACGCUUUGGAAAUUCGAUUCUGCUAGAUAAGCUAAUAGCUCUUUUUUUAAAAAGCGAAAAUGCACACAUCAAAUGUAAGCACCACCUCUUAAAGAACAUCCAUCUCAUGUACUCUCAUCAGAACAAGAUCAAGUUUCUCAACGCCUACUUAUCUUUAUGCUAUGAGAAAAAAAGCUUCACAGAGAUAGUAAAAAUGUAUUGGAAGUAUGAAUACGUUUUUAAGAUGGACGCCCAUCACUACCGUACUUUUUUCUCCAACUUGUUUUAUAUUUAUAUAUGUGCUCAUUAUGUAGGGGAGUCGGUUCCCCUGAUGGGGAAGAAUAAUGCCUCCCUCCCCAGCGUCCCUAGCGGUUCUGCCAAGGGUGGCGACGAUCAGGGUGCCCACGGUGAUGGUAUCGCCACACCGCGUAACCUCCCCCUAGUGAUUGACCUCUUCAACAAAUACAAACAAGCUAUCAGGACAGAUUUAAAAAUCGUUAAUUACGAGACAGUUUUUCUAGUAAGCAAAUAUUUACUACAACAUGGGAAGGAAGAGCUGCUCACGGACCUCUUCGAUCAUUUGACUAAGCAUGUCAAAAACGAUUUUCACUUUUUCUCUUGCUUCACUUAUAUAUAUACGUAUAUCAAUAUGGAACUUACACAUAAAUAUGAAGAUAAAUUGAAGAAGGCCGUUCUCACCGAGACCUACCUUAUCGAUGUAGAGGAUCUGGAGAAUAAAAACUUCACUCUGGGCUUCUCCUCCACGGGUGCUACUACUACCCCUGGUGGUGGAAACGUCCAUAGCGAUUCCCCCUGCACAGUCCCCAUCGAUAGGAACAAAAAAAAACGAAAGCGAUCGAAGAAGACAAAGAAUAAAAAGGACGGGAUGGGUAACCACGCUGGUUACGACCCAGAGAAGUGGCUUCCGAAGCAUGAGAAGACCGGGUUUAAGAAGUCCAAGAAGAAGAAGCAGAAGAUGGCGGAGGCCCCCUCCAAACCGAAGGUGGUCGUCGUGGAGGAGCCCAAGAACAACCCAGCCGGCUCCUCCAAGCUCCAGGGGUUGAAGAAGCGCCGCAAAAAGUGA